AACGGCACAAGACACACCACAAAAGAAGCAGAUAGGAGGAGCAAGAAGAAGAUCGAAGGUGAUGGAGUACGAGCACCAGUACAUCAGCAGCAGCAGCUUGGGCAAGGAGAAGAGGCCUCCGGCGAAGAGGGGGCAGGUCAAGCUGCAGAUAGCGAGGGCGGUGAGCAACCUCGUGUCUCCCAGCGGCGCUGCCGACGGCUCGAAGCAGGCAAAUCGCAGCAGCUUCAGAAGGGAAACAAGCUACAACUAAACGAAAUAGUAGAUACUCACUGUAGAUGAGUGGGAUAAAGUGGGUAACUACUAGCUGUAUUUCCUUCGGGGAUUUUAGAAGGAUGGUCUCUCGCUUAAUAUACUGAUCGUCUGCUUGGCUUGAAUGGAACGAACGAAAGGAAGUUCCGUGUGAUAGAUGUACAAACUUUGGGUAUAUAUAUAUAUACAUGCA